AAGAGGCUGGAUCAACCAACGGAGAGGACUCCUAGUAUCCAGGGAGUAGAGAGCCGUCUAUAUAACUCCUGGAUCCGCGGCGUCCAACCAUCGUUUCCUUCUCGGAAGCCUCAUCAUCGGUCUCUAAUCUGUCGUCGAUCCAAGGCACGCCACGCCUUCCACACCCUCCACCAUGUACGCCAAAUUCGCGACCCUCGCCGCCCUUGUGGCGUCCGCCGCUGCUCAGCAGGCUUGCACGCUCACAACCGAGAAUCACCCUCCUCUUACGUGGCAAAAGUGCACGGCCAGUGGCAGCUGCACCAGCGUCCAGGGUUCCGUCACCCUCGAUGCCAACUGGCGGUGGACGCACCAGACCUCGGGCUCCACGAACUGCUACAGCGGCAAUGAGUGGGAUACGUCCAUCUGCAACGAUGGUCCUUCUUGCGCCUCCAAGUGCUGCGUUGAUGGCGCCGACUACUCUGGCACCUACGGCAUUACCACCAGCGGCAACUCCCUGAACCUCAAGUUUGUCACCAAGGGCCAAUACUCGACCAACAUCGGCUCCCGUACCUACCUGAUGGAGUCCGACACCAAGUAUCAGAUGUUCACCCUGCUUGGCAACGAGUUCACCUUUGACGUUGAUGUCUCCAACAUUGGCUGCGGCCUCAACGGUGCCCUGUACUUCGUGACCAUGGAUGCCGAUGGCGGUGCGUCCAAGUACACCAGCAACAAGGCUGGUGCCAAGUACGGUACCGGCUACUGCGACUCGCAGUGCCCCCGCGACCUCAAGUUCAUCAACGGCGAGGCCAACGUUGAGGGCUGGUCCGGCUCGACCAACGAUGCCAACGCCGGCACUGGCAAGUACGGUAGCUGCUGCGACGAGAUGGAUAUCUGGGAGGCCAACAACAUGGCUACUGCCUUCACUCCUCACCCUUGCACGACGAUCGGCCAGACUCGCUGCGAGGGCGACAGCUGCGGCGGCACCUACAGCUCGGACCGCUAUGGCGGUAUCUGCGACCCCGAUGGAUGCGACUUCAACGCGUACCGACAGGGCAACAAGACCUUCUACGGCAAGGGCAUGACAGUCGACACCACCAAGAAGCUCACCGUCGUUACGCAGUUCCUUACCGACGCGUCCGGCAACCUGUCCGAGAUCAAGCGCUUCUACGCCCAGAACGGCGUCGUCAUCCCCAACUCCGAGUCCACCAUUGCUGGCGUUCCGGGCAACUCCAUCACCCAGGACUACUGCGACAAGCAGAAGACCGCUUUCGGUGACAUCAACGACUUCAACAAGAAGGGCGGUCUUGCCCAGAUGGGUAAGGCCCUGGCCAAGCCCAUGGUCCUGGUCAUGUCCAUCUGGGAUGACCACGCCGUCAACAUGCUCUGGCUCGACUCGACCUACCCGGUCGACGCGGCUGGCAAGCCCGGUGCCGAGCGUGGUGCCUGCCCGACCACCUCCGGUGUCCCGUCCGAAAUCGAGGCGCAGGUUCCCAACUCCAACGUCGUCUUCUCCAACAUCAAGUUCGGCCCCAUCGGCUCCACCGUCUCGGGUCUUCCCAACGGCGGCGGCUCCCCGGGCGGCGGCUCCUCUAGCUCUGCCGCCAGCCCCACCUCCACCAGCACCGCCAAGCCCAGCUCUACCAGCACAUCGGCCGGCGGCGGCCCGACCGGCUGCACUGCUGCCAAGUACGCGCAAUGCGGUGGUAACGGCUUCACAGGGUGCACCAACUGCGCUGCCGGCAGCACCUGCAGGAAGCAGAACGACUGGUACUCGCAGUGCCUUUAAGCGGCGCACGCUCCGCCUGUGAUGGUGAUGACAUCGCUUGGGAGGGAA